AUGUGUAGUUUAUCGUCGUCCGACGGAUCUUUGCGUGGAGCCGCAAUGGAGAGAGGAAUUCCUGCGAUUACCGUCGAGAUUGGAGAUCCAUCUAAAUUCCAGAGACGGUUUGUUCGAAUGCUUUACAAGGG